UAUGAAUACAGUACAUAUUGGAACAAACUAAAAUGCUCCUUGCACCACCAUUAUGUCAUACAAUAACAUAUUUUAUUUACAGAUAAUUCAUCCGGUCAUAUCGGAUGCAAAUCUCGGUGAGUUGUUAAGUGAUGAAGCUUCCCAACUAGCACUAUAUUCGGCAAUAGCUACAGUUGUGAGUCCUGAAGACUUGGAGAAGCAGAUUGUAGAUAAUACACCUGCAAUCAUACAAUUAAUUAACAGUGUUUUGCUGAUUGGAGAAAGGAGCUCAUCAGAAUCAUCGUUCACUUUAAGCGUGACUAGAACAGUGUUGCAGAUCAGUAAAAUGUUAGACAAGAUUAAUAGUGACGAACUAGGACAAGAAAUGAUGGAGAGUCUAUUUGUGUUCACCUGGUCGCACCUGGAGCAUUUCGUGGACAGCGUCAGACACCUGAGCGCACAGAUCAUGGCGUGCCUCGUUAAAUAUUCCGUCAGGAUGAACAAACAAGGUAACACAAAAGCCCUAGCGAACCUGAUCGAAGCCAUCAAGUCCGUGGACAGGGACAGAAAGAGUUUCUACCUGUGUCUGACGUCACUCAUUGCCGAGCUCGGAGCGGACGGCGUCAUGGCCCGACUGAGCGGCGUCAUACCCGACACGGUGAACGCUCUCGGCUCGCAGGCGAUCCGGGCCAGCGCCACGAUAGCAUUGGAGAGUCUCCUGCAGAAACACGCGCAGGGGUCGACGACCUGCGACCUGCACGAGCACUGGGUCCGGCCGAUAUUGAGCUACGCUUCCAACAACGACACGGAUUCCGCGAUCUUGAACAUCCUGGAGGGCCUGCUGGCUAAAGCGAUCAAGCUAGAUGAGAACCUCAUGAAUUACAUUAUACCGUACAUCGAGGAGUCUGAAAAUUCGAGUGCGGACCUGAAGUGCGUGCUGAUGUUGCUGAGCGCGGCGCGGGGCGCGGGGGGCGGGGCUGGGGGUGGUGCCCGCUGGCGGGGGGCCGCCCCCUACCUGCUGCUGGAGCGCGCCGCAGUCAGCGCCGCGGACGAGACCCGGAUCCUGGCUCUGUCCCUGGUGGUGGAAUCUCCGAAGUCGACGGAACCGUUCACCCCGGAGGAGCUGUCGUUCAUCCUGCACUACCUCAAGUACAACAUCAACGCGCAGGCGCCGAGCUUCCGCCAGCUCACCCUGUCGGUCAUGAAGAAAUUCAUGAAGCGGCUGGGGGACAGCUACGGCGCGCUGCGGCGGCGGCGCCACGCGCUGUGCGCCCACUACGCCGCCUUCCUGCCCGAGCUGACGCAGCUCUGCGGCCGCAGCCUCCUGCCCGGCGCCAACUACAGCCGCCGCUGCGUCGCGCUGCAGAUCCUCGUCUGGGCCGACGCCGUGUAUCCAGCUGACUGUCCCAGGUCAUGGGAACCUGAGUUCGUGGAGAAACUGUUACUACAUUUGGACGACAGCUACGAGAGUAACAAAGCAAUGGCUCUGAGUAUAUUAGAGAAGUGUCCUCCAGAGAUAUUAAAGGACAACAGCUACUCCACAAGUUUGAAACUAUCCGACAUAUUGGCUCAGGCCUCCUCGCCGAAGCCGACGGACUGUGUGUCGGCCGCCUACAAGAUGGAUCUCCUGAGGAAGAAAUUACCCGAAAAUAUAGUACAAGAUGAAACUUUCCGCGGCCCGGAGCCGGUGACGUUUGCGCUAGUGCAGGGCGUGGCGCGGGAGGCGCGGGCGCGGGUGGCGGGGUGCGCGCGCGGGGUGCGGGAGGGGUCGCGGCGGCCCCCCUACGGCGCGCUGCGCUGUCUGCGGCACCUGCUCACCGCGCUCGACCCCCAAGCGAUAUCGGAGGACGAGAGGUGGCGGUUGUUGAUGGGUGACAUCAUCAACAUUUGCUUCGAAGCGAGCGAGGCCGUGGCCUGCGUCGUCAACAACUCCUCGCCGGAAGGCCACCUACCGAUGGACAUGUCGGGGGCCGUGGUGACGGAGCAGGGGGACGGCGGGGGGGCGGCGCCGGGCGGCGAGGGACACGUCACGGCGCAGAUGGUGCUGCUCUGUGCCUGGAGGUCGGUGAAGGAGGCGUCGCUGUUACUGGGCACGAUGGCGUCCCGGCUCACCGUGCGCGGCGAGGGGGGCGAGGGGCGCGGGGGCGGCUCCCUCACCCCGCGCCAGCUGCUCGCCGCGGGGGAGCACUUCACCGCGCUGCUGGCGCAGACGAAGCACCGCGGCGCCUUCGAACAAGCCUACGUCGGGUUCACGCAGCUGCUGGCCAGGUUGUGGCGCUGCAGAAACCCGGCUCUGCACGAGCUGCCGCGGGGCUGGCUGGCGGCGCUGAUGCAGACCAUCGCGGCGGACGACAAGCGCGCCCUGUGCGCCACGAGGCGGAGCGCGGGGCUGCCCUUCAUGAUCCAGGCACUAGUAACAACGGAGCUGCAGGUCCUCGGCAAUCCGAAAUGUUUCCACCAAUGCAUGUCGCGCCUGCUGCAGCUGGCGGCCAGCAGCGCCGACCUGGAAACCAGGACGCACUGCAUCAACAUCCUCAGAGCUUUGUACAGGAACUCGGCGCUGCACGAAACCGUGGCGGGGUACGUCAGCGAAGGCCUGGUCGUGGCGCUGGACGGCUUCGACGGCGCCACGUGGACGGAGCGGAACUCCAGCACGCUGCUGUUCAGCGCGCUGAUGGUCCGCACGUUCGGCGUGCAGCGGACCCCCCGCGGCGAGGAGCUCUGCGUCAGGAACAGAAUGACCGGCCGGAUAUUUUUCCUGAGAUACCCGAAGCUAUACGAUUAUAUGCUGGAGAAACUGAAUAAGGUGAGUACAGCGGAAGACGCACAGAAGCUAACCCCGUCCCUGUACCCCGUGCUGCUGCUGUUGGCGAGGCUGUACCCCUCGGCGCUCGAAGGAACCGUGUCCAACUUGAAGUUGUCGGCGUUCGCGCCGGCGGUGCGGGUGUGCGCGGGGGCGGGCGCGCUGUGGACGCGGGCGGCGCUGGGCGGGCGCGGCGCGGGGGCCGGGGGGGCGGCGCGCGCGCUCGCCGAGCUGGGCGACCGCACCGUUAACAUGAACCGAACCCACGGGACCAUUCUGCAGUUGAUAACUAUAUUUGAAACGAAACCAGAUAAGUUACUGAACAGUGAGGCCACUAAAGAAUUGUCUGGCUCCUUGACCGCCUCCCUGUGGGUGCUGCGCCAGGCCGUGGGCUCACCGGCGCCGUGCUACGUGGUCGCGGACGACUACACGAAACUCAUCAACAGGAUCGUGAUGAACUUCCCUUCUCUUUUAGACGACGCAACAGUAACCGUUAUAAUGGAUCUGUUAUCGAAAUUAAUAUUCGACAAAAACAUAUCGAAAAUCACAUUUGGCCGCGAGGUGUGUCUCGCCAACGCUACGUAUUUACACUUUGUUCUACUAAAUAUUUUUGAAACAGAUUUAAUAGUAGAUUUCGUUUUCAAAACCUUGCAACACCCCGACUACGAAGUGCACAUAAGCGUUCUAGACUAUAUUUUGAUACUGCUAAACGAUCUGGAAAUCGAUAAUGACUUUCAUGAGAAUUUAUAUAAAAUCAAGUGUGAUGAGACUUUAAACGCUUUAAGACAAAACGAAGGAUACAAAGAUUUAUUGUGUAGGGUUUAUGAGAACACUGAAUAUUUGGAAUGCAAGCAAAAGUGUCUUAAGAUACUGAUUUUAGAGAGGGACACUCAAUUGUACGUAAUUAGGGGGAAAAUUAAAGAAAACCUCGAAGUUAACGAUAGAUUAAUUGUCGAUGCGCUGAUGAAAUGCAUCCAAGAUGAACAUGAGAACUUCAGUCAUUUGUACAUGAAGAGCUUAGUUGAUUACGUGACGAAGAAUCUAGAGACGAUGUCUUCGGAUUUGGUUUUAGAUGUCAUCAGAGAUUUAUUCUCGUACAGCACCGCAGAUAAUAGCGACGCCGUCAGAGAAGUUGUCGUUGAAUUUAUGGAGGGAAACUUCGGGAGAUUACUGAAGUCUGAUCUUCAAGGAUUGGAUGAGGCGGAAAAGUUCGAAUACCUGGCAACACUCCUUUGUACUGCACUGGUAACGUUAGAGGACGACAGCGACACACUGCGACAGAGGACGGCCAACUUGUUGCUUCCCGAGCUGAAUGCGCCGUCGAAUGUAAUGCCGAGCAAAUGCGCGGAACUGUUCAGAGAUUUCAUUGGGAGCUUUAGUGACUGCGUGCCCCUGUACGUCCUGCUCGCUCUGUUGGACUUCAACUCGGAAGUGUGUCUCACCGACGAAGGAAAUGAUGAGUGUCGAGUUUUCGAUCAAAAUGAGAGGUACAAUAUAUUCUUGGAAGAAACGAUAUGGACCAGUGAGUGCGCCGAUAGAAUCGCGCGGCGGUGCUCGGGGAAGCGCGACGUUCUGAAUCAUGUUCUCGAUAUUAUCGAGAAUCCAGUCUACAAAGGAACAUUCGAUAAAUUAGCUAGCAACAAUAUCGAUUUUUUAAAGAAAUCGAUAGUAGGGGACUGCGAUGGCGACGGAACAGAAAUUAUAAAUCCUAAAAUUAAGAUCUUUGUAAAUAAACUAAAGCAUUCUUCAAUAUAACGUUCAAUGUAAUAUAAAUCACAAUUGGGAAAAUAUAUUAAAGAAUAAAUUAAUUUGGA